AUUAAUUUUUCAAGCAAAUUUCGUUUUAAUCUUACAGAAUGAUUGGCUAAAUAUCAGCCGACCUGAAUUAUUAAAGUUCGAUUCUCUUGGUGCCGUGAAACUGGAAAAUUAUAUCUGGCCUGAAGGACAACGUAGUAAGGUUAUUAUGAUACCUGAGCGAAUCAUUGCCGCUCAUGUGCAUACUGUAACAUCAGUUGUUGCCAAAACCAGGAGAAUAGUUAUCCAGCCAGAUAUUGCUUUGGUAUUUCACUUAAGGUUCUUCUGUCUUAGAUUUAUUUCUACCUGCAAUAUCGCAUGGGAAAAGCGAUUAAAGCACAAUUUUCUUUCCACAGGUGCAAAUGAACUAAGUUUACCGAACAGAGGUGUCAAAGUUAGUAAUUUUUAUUAUUUUAUUUCUUCACAAGUGUUAUAUUUUGUAAUUUGUGUAAAAUUGUGUAUCUUCGGCAGAUAG